ACAACUGAGGUGGAGCUGACCAGAGCCAUUCCUAUCACCUUUCUGGUUUCUCAGUUGACAAAGAAGAAUUUCCGGUUUAGCUUCUGCUUUACACAGAAAAGGCAGCCAAUUCCUGCGGGUGGGGAUUAAAUUCAGUGCAUUGAGUUGAGGGUCAAUACGUUUUUGCCACAAUGUGCUCCAUUCAAGCUCUGAGGUAGGAAGAGAAAUGGCUAAACACCAGGAAGAAGGAUUCUGUUAAGCUAUGAUGAAGAGAAACUAAAAAAAACUUGCCUUCCUGAGCCAGAACAAUGUCUAACACCAGCGCUACACCCAGCAGCCCCAGUAACCUCACGGCAACCACUGCUGUGACCACUGCUCAGCCAAGCAUCAUUGAAGACUUUCUUAACAAAAUUCCAUUACCCAGAUGGGCUCUCAUAGCUAUUGCUGUUGCAGUGGGCCUGGUCCUCAUCCUCUUGCUCAUCUGCAUCAUCAAGUGCUGUUGUUGUAGGAAGAAACGCAAGAAGAAAGAGAAAGUCGCCUUUCCCAGCACCAAUGGCUCACCCACCCAAGCCACUCUGAUCCAACCUGAUAUCGAUGACCUGGAGGGUGGACUGCAGAAUGAGAAGCGAGGACAGCUGCAAUAUUCUCUGGAGUAUGACUUCCGUAGCCAGGAGAUGAAGGUUGGAGUGAAGCAGGCGGCAGAUCUUAAGGCUAUGGACAGCGGAGGCACUUCUGAUCCCUAUGUGAUUGCCUACUUGACAUCUGAUAUGAGGAAGAAGUAUGAGACAAAGGUUUACCGUAAGACACUGAACCCUGUUUUCAAUGAGAGCUUCAUUUUUAAGAUACCCCAGGCAGAUAUAGCGGAAUCCACACUGGUGAUGCAGGUGUACGAUUUCAACCGCUUCUCCAAGCACGACAUCAUUGGUGAGAUGCGGAUCCCUCUUGGUGAUGUUGAUUUGCAGCACGUCCUUGAGCAAUGGCAGGAGCUCACUGAAGCCAGCAAGAUGGAGCAAGAGCGCCUUGGGGAGAUUUGCUUCUCACUCCGAUAUGUUCCCAGCACCAGCAAAUUAACUGUGGUCAUUGUGGAAGCCAAAAAGCUCAAGCGGAUGGAUGCACAUGGCCUGUCAGAUCCCUAUGUCAAAGUGCAGCUUAUUCUGAAUAAAAAGAGAUGGAAAAAAAAGAAGACAAGUGUAAAGAAAAACACAUUACAUCCCUACUUCAAUGAGGCAUUUGUUUUUGAAGUGCCCCUCAACUUGAUCCAGAAUGUAGACCUGGUGAUUUCUGUCUGGGAUCGUGACAAAGUGUCCAAAGAUGACCAGAUUGGGAAACUGUUUCUCAGCUGCCGAGCAACAGGCAACCAGCUACGUCACUGGUCGGAUAUGUUGGCCAAUCCUCGCAGGCCUGUGGCACAGUGGCACAGCUUGCAGCCCGUGGAAGACGUUGACAAAACCCUGGGACUGAAGACUCGCUUCAAGCUGCCACUACCGAACAGCUAAGAACAAAACAAACCUCUCCACUGGAGAAGAUAACCCCAAUGUGCUUGGCUAGUAGGAAAAGUUUGCAAAGGAGUAGCUGGUAGCAGAAAUCACAGUGUAGCAUCAUGAUCACUUAGUCAAAAGUGUUCUGAAGGAGAAUAUUGAUCGCUCUUUGCUUGAACUCAGACUCUAAAGGAUAUUCAUCUUGGAUGAGUGGGAAUCCAAAUGUGUGUAUGUGUCUACAACCCAUCAUCAUGAAAUGCAGUCACUGUUUCUUCAUGACGAAGAGAAGCACACAAGAUUCACAAGGCUGUACUAGCUUGGAUUUAAAGCGAUGCUACUAACAGGAUGUGCGGAAGGCCAUGUGCGGACAUGUGUGGAGCAGGAAUUUCCACCGGGCCUAUAAACAUAUUUGCAAUCAA